GAUGUAUUCAACAAAGACACAUAAUUAAUUAAAUUUUUAAAAAUUAUUUUAUAAUUGUGAGAAUUUGUGUAAAUAUGAUAAGUUAAUGUGUGUGUUUAUGUUAUUUUUAUAUAAAAUAAUUUUUGAACUUAGCAAUUAACUAAAACUAAAUACAAAAGAAAAAAUUAAUUUCAAAUUUUAAUUUUUUUUUUCUAUUUUGGGUGGUUUAAGAAGGCUAAAACCCUACUACUAUCACUCUUCUAUUUUUGCUAUACUUUUUUUUUUUGGUCAAAGCUUUAACAAUGGAACUUGGUACUUGUUUCAAUGGCUCUAAUGUCAAUAAAAAAUUGUUUUUUUCUGCUCCAAUUAUCCAAAAAUCCAAUUUUCUGCCAUGUUCUUGGUUCAAAAAUUGUUCUUGUAGAGCAAUUGCUAAAGGGUCCACCAUCAGCUCCUUGAAAAUUCAAGAAAAGGUCACAGGGAUGUCUUCUAAUCAUUCUCAAGAUCUAGAACUCUCAAGUUUAACAGCUCUAUGCCCAUUGGAUGGUCGUUACUGGGGUAAAGUCAAAGAAUUGGCCCCGUUUAUGAGCGAGUAUGGCUUAAUUCAUUUCCGCAUUUUGGUUGAGGUUAAAUGGUUGAUAAAAAUGUCUCAGAUACCUCAAAUAGUUGAAGUUCCGAGAUUCUCCGAAGGAGCUCGGACAUUUUUGCAAGAAUUGAUUGAUGGAUUUAGUAUGGACGAUGCGUUGGAGGUUAAGAAGAUUGAGAGAGUCACAAACCAUGACGUGAAAGCGGUGGAAUACUUCUUGAAACAAAGAUGUCAAUCACAUCCAGAGAUAUCUAAGGUGCUCGAGUUUUUUCACUUUGCCUGUACAUCUGAGGACAUCAACAAUCUUGCCCAUGCAUUGAUGCUGAAAGGAGCUUUGAACACGGUCAUCUUGCCCGUUAUGGAUGAAUUGAUUAAAGCAAUAUGUGAGAUGGCCACAACACAUUCUUCUGUCCCUAUGCUUUCUCGCACCCAUGGGCAGCCAGCUUCGCCAACAACCCUUGGAAAGGAAAUGGCAAUUUUUGCGUAUCGAUUGAGUAGAGAAAGAAAGGAGAUUUCUCAAAUUGAGAUGCUUGGGAAAUUUGCUGGUGCGGUAGGGAACUACAACGCACAUCUAUCUGCAUAUCCCGAAAUAAACUGGCCACAAAUUGCCGAGGAGUUUGUGAUGUCACUUGGAUUAGAAUUCAAUCCAUAUGUUCCGCAGAUCGAAACUCAUGACUAUAUGGCCAAACUUUUUCACUCGAUCGUCCAGUUUAACAACAUUUUGGUUGAUUUUGAUAGAGAUGUUUGGGGAUACAUUUCCCUCGGUUACUUUAAGCAGACAACUAAAGCUGGUGAAAUUGGGUCCUCGACGAUGCCUCACAAAGUAAAUCCAAUUGACUUUGAAAAUAGCGAAGGCAAUCUUGGAGUAGCUAAUGGAGAUUUAUCCCAUUUGAGCACUAAACUACCUAUUUCACGCUGGCAGCGAGAUUUGACAGAUUCGACUGUACUGAGAAACAUGGGCGUAGGACUAGGACAUUCUCUACUUGCUUACAGAAGUGCGUUACAGGGAAUUAAGAAGCUUCAGGUGAAUGAAGCUGCUUUGACAGAAGAUUUAGACAAAACGUGGGAAGUUCUUGCUGAACCAAUACAAACGGUGAUGCGAAGGUACGGUGUGCCAGAACCAUAUGAAAAGCUGAAGGAGUUAACACGAGGAAGAGCGGUGAACAAAGAAAGCAUCAGAGAAUUCAUACAGAAGUUGGACAUUCCAGUUGAUGCUAAGACAUCUCUCUUGAACUUAACACCUCAUACGUACGUUGGAGCAGCCGCAGAAUUGGCUAACAACGUAAACCAGGCCAUAAAUCUGUUGAAUGGAGGUCAUAUAUUUUGAACUGAGAGCCAGAAAAACCUUCGCAACCCUCUUGCAUUGGUGGCCGGAAUGGAGCACAGAGUCAACUUGUUCGACUAACUCUUUAACAUUUUCGCGAAAGCAUAAAUUAUGCGGAAACUCACCAUAAUUUUGAACCUUAUAUUUCAUAAUUUUGAAUCUGUCGAAUUUAAACUCUGGAAUCGCUUUUGUCCUGCAUUAUUUGCAUGGAAGAUCCAACUGAAACAUGUCGAUGAGCAGAUGCUGAGUCGCGCAAGAUGUUCCAUCCAUGACAAGGUUAGCGUUUAACUUACUUUACGCGCUAAACUUGUUGGAACUGUAGCAUAAACUUGUAAAAGAAUAUAGUGAUUUGGAAGUUAGAUUUUGAUGCAGAGUUACUGUUACUACUA